CCGCAAGCACUUCGCAGAGCGACCAAUACUACCACCAUAGACAUGGAAGCAAUUCGCCGCCGUAUGGCUGAGAAUCCGGAUCUCUUCCCUGGCAUGCCCGCCCCAACACGAGCGACCCCACCCAUCUCGAUCAUGACCGUCUCUUCCACCAGCUCAACCUCGGCAGCAAGCUCCGGUCCGUCGCACCCAGUCGCGCGCGUGGGAAGUGGCUCGCGCCGCGCGGUUGUGAUCUCGUCUGAUGAGGAGGACGAGCCAGCAGCACCAGCAAGCAAACCGGCAAAGCCGAUACUUAAAGAUCUGAACAAGAACUUCGACGGCACUCGCCCGAACGACGACGGACAAGGCAUGGGCCACACGCAUUCUCAGCAACAACACCGCUUCGGGGUCAAGUCCUCUGGCGCGUACCGCCCAGACGCACCCGUCCGCAUGCCUGUUCCCCAGCCGUACCAGCAUGGGCCACCGAUCCGGGAGGACGACGGGGACGACGAGCACGUGCGCGUGCCUGACUUCGAGGGUGAGCCGGGCUUCAUGGACUCGCUGAGCCCGGACCAGGCGGAGAAGGCCCUGCGCGACUUGAUGGCGUCGGACACGAAUGCCGACGAGGAAACGGAGAUCGACAUGUCUGAGGCGGUUGUGCCCGGCUUCCGGGAUAACAUCAGACUGCUGCCGCAUCAGGUGCUUGGACGCGCGUGGAUGCGCGACCGCGAAGACCCGAGCAAGAAGCGAUUUGGAGGGAUUCUGGCUGAUGAUAUGGGGUUGGGAAAGACCAUUCAAUGUUUGACCCGCGUCGUUGGGAACCGUCCUAGGAAGAAGGACAGAGACGAAGGGUGGCACGCACCGACCUUGGUUGUUUGCCCACUGGCACUCGUUGCUCAGUGGGAAGAAGAGGCAAAUAAGAUGGCUGAGGGGCUCGUCAUCGUCAAGCACCAGGGCCCCAGCCGAAGCAAGAAUGCCCAAUCACUGGCCCGCGCGCACAUCGUUGUGACGACGUAUGAUACAGUGAGAUCCGAGCACGCUGCGUUUGCGUCUACGGCCAAGGACGAGACGAAAGCUACUGUAACCAAGACGAAGAAGGCAGCCUCGGAUGACGACUCGGACAGCGAUGCGGAACAUUUUGGACGGACCGUUGCGAAGAAGGGCAAAGCUUCGGCGGGUUCGAAGCCGAAGGCCAAGGUGCAUCCGCUGUUCGAGAUCAAGUGGUGGAGGAUUGUGCUUGACGAGGCACACAAUAUCAAGAACCGCAACACCAAAAACUCAAUCGCGUGUUGUGCGCUGCAAGGCAAAUUUCGCUGGUGCUUGACUGGCACACCUAUGCAAAACAGUGUCGACGAGCUUUUCAGCCUGUUGAAGUUUCUCCGCAUCAAACCACUGAACGAAUGGGAGCGCUUCAACCUGCAGAUCGCGAAACCCGUCAAGAGCGGGAAGGGGGCCGGCCGUGCGAUGAAACGGUUGCAGGUUGUAUUGAAGCAGAUCAUGCUACGAAGGACCAAGAACCAGCAGCUGAACGGCAAGGCUCUCGUCGAUCUUCCAUCGCGGACCAUCAACGUCAUUUCUUGCGCUUUUGAUCCCUCUGAGCAGGCGUUCUAUUCUGCGCUUGAGGUGAAGAUGGAGGACACGAUGAACAAGCUGAUGAAGGAGAGUGAGGCCAAAGGUGGAAGUGCCUACAUCAGUGUCUUGUUGUUGCUGCUGCGUUUGCGACAAGCUUGCAACCACCCGUGCCUGGUGUCGAAGGACUACAAAACUGACCUUGAUGCCGUUGAGCCGCGGGCCAAGAAAACGGCGAGCUCAGACAGCCCAAGUGAGGUGGACGGGGACGAUCUUGUUGCCGCUUUUGGUGCUUUGAAUGUGGCUACACGCACGUGUCAAGUAUGCAUGACAGAGAUGGACGCCAGGAGCAUGGCCGCUGGCGAAGCGUUCUGCAUCAGCUGUGCCUCGCUGGCCCUCCAAGCGAGGAUGGAAGACCGGGACCGCAACUCAUCGGCCAAGAUCCGCAUGGUGCUCAAGCUGCUCCGCGACAUUCACUCUCGAUCAGACGGUGUCGAAAAGACCAUCAUUUUUUCUCAGUUCACCACCAUGCUCGAUCUGUUGGAGCCGUUCUUGUAUGAGGCGGGGACUCUAGAUGACGGAUCAAUGAAGCCUGUGGACCGUGAGGCUGCGUUGGAGAAGAUCAAAAAGAGCGAGAGCGUCAAGGUCAUCCUUAUCUCGUUCAAGGCCGGGAGCACUGGGCUCAACCUGACUGCCUGUAACAACGUUAUUCUGGUCGAUCUGUGGUGGAAUCCUGCUCUCGAGGAUCAAGCAUUUGACCGAUCUCACCGUGUUGGCCAAACCCGUCCGGUAAAUAUUUACAAGCUGAAGAUUGAUGACACCGUCGAAGACCGUAUUCUCGACUUGCAGGAAAAGAAACGGUUGCUGGCCAAGGCUGCAUUGAGCGGAGACAAGAUCAAGAACAUGAAGCUGGGCAUGGACGACCUGCUUGCUCUGUUCAAGCCCGGGGCUCGGGACGACGACGACGACGACGACUGA